AUGUUGAACAGGUUGGCGAUUAAACGGUUGACGUCACCGCAACACGCACUCGUUAGAAACCAUCAAUUUCUUUCUUUUCAAUCAAUUAGAUCCGCGUCUACCAUUUCCAAAACACCACCAGGUGCACCAAAGAUCAAGCCCAAACAAGGCAAAUUUGUAAAGUUUUUCAAAUACACACUCGGAGCCGGUGCCUUGGGAGUCACUGGGUUUCUAGCAUGGAUCACUUAUAGAGUCUACCUUGAAAACCACCCUCUUGACCAGGAGCCACAAACUGCCACAUUCCCCAAUGGAGAAAAGAAGAAAACUUUGGUGAUACUUGGCUCAGGAUGGGGCUCUAUUCCAUUAUUGAAGAGCUUGGAUACUACAUUGUACAAUGUUAUUUUGGUGUCACCAAGAAACUAUUUCUUGUUUACUCCUUUACUUCCCUCGGUUCCCACCGGAACCGUUGAAAUGAGGUCAAUCAUUGAACCCGUGAGAUCAAUCACCAGAAGAUGCAAAGGAUAUGUACAGUUUUUGGAAGCAGAAGCAAUUGAUAUUGACCCCGAGAAUAAUGUCUUGAAAGUACAACAAUCAACCACUGUUUACUCUGGCCAUGCCAAAAACUCCUCAUCGUCUACCCACCCAGGUAAAGCUGAAGAACAUGGUUUAGAACACAUUGUUGCCAAUAUCCCAUAUGAUUACUUGGUUGUUGGAAUUGGAGCUCAACCUUCAACAUUUGGACUACCCGGUGUUGCUGAACACUCAACUUUUGUCAAGGAGAUUAGCGAUUCUGCAAGGAUUAGAAGAACUUUGAUUGAUUUGGUUGAGGCAGCAAAUAUUUUACCCGAAGGCGAUCCAGAAAGAAAAAGAUUAUUGCAUGUUAUUGUUUGUGGAGGUGGACCCACCGGUGUUGAGGCCGCGGGCGAAAUCCAGGAUUACAUUGAUCAAGACUUGAAAAAGUGGGUUCCCGAUGUUGCAAAAGAUCUCAAAGUUACUUUGGUUGAGUCGCAACCAAAAGUCUUGCACACAUUCAAUCCUAAAUUGGUUGAGUAUACAAAUCAAAUUUUCAAGGAAACUAAUAUCAAUUUAGUUACUGAUACCAGAAUUACUCAUGUUGACGAUCACUAUGUUACUGCGUUCCACAAGAGCUCCAAACAGACAGAAAUCAUUCCAUACGGAAUGCUUAUAUGGGCUACGGGUAAUGCCACAAGAGACUUUACCCAUGUAUUGAUGAGUAAAAUUGAUGCGCAAAAAUCAGCCAAACGUGGAUUUUUGAUUGAUGACAACUUGAAACUUAAAGGUUCCAAAAAUAUCUUUGCUCUUGGCGAUUGCACUUUUAGCAAGUAUCCACCAACAGCACAAGUUGCAUUCCAAGAAGGACAAUAUCUUGCCAAAUAUUUUGAAAAAUUACAAAAAUUGGAAAGCUUAAAGUACAGAAUCGCAAAUGAUCCAGAUGCAUCAGAAUUUUUAAAGCAAAGAGCCGAUAGGUUGGAAGGAAACUUACCAAAGUUCAUUUACAAUUACCAAGGUUCAUUGGCCUACAUUGGAAGUGAAAAAGCAGUGGCAGAUUUGGCAUGGGGCUCAUGGUCCAAUGUGUCGACUGGUGGAAAUAUGACAUUCUUGUUCUGGAGAUCUGCAUACAUUUACAUGUGUCUUUCAGUGAAGAAUCAAAUUUUGGUAUGUGUAGACUGGUUGAAAGUCUCACUUUUUGGAAGAGAAUGUUCAAGAGAGUAG